CUAUGCUCUUUGUACGAGCUACAACCUCCAAUAUCAAAAGCAAAAAUGACCCAAAUAACGAAGGCAGCUAUAAAGGCCAUCAAGUUGUACAAGCAUGUUGUUCAGAGUGUUGAAAAGUUCAUCCAAAAGUGCAGACAGGAAUAUAAGGUGCCAGGCUUAUACAUAAUUGACUCAAUCAUACGCCAGUCUAGAAAACAAUUCGGAGCUGAUAAGGACAUGUUUGCGCCAAGAUUUUCAAAGAACAUUGUUAUCACUUUUCAUAAUUUGUUUGAUUGUCCAUCUGAAGAUAUUUCCAAAAUGAUAAGAGUGUUGAAUUUGUGGCAGAAGAAUGGUGUGUAUCACCCGGGCAUUAUACAACCACUGCUCGAUUUGGCUUCUGAUCCACAUAACACUUCUGUUUUUGAAACUGUAUGCAGUAUGACUUUGUGGGUAGGAAGGCUAAACAAACUGACAGGUGAUGAAGAAAUAAGGAAUGUUCUAGAUGCAUUUGGAGACGUCACCAUUAAUCUGGUGCCACCCAGAGGUUGUGCAUUUGUUGCCUUCACAACGCGCAAGCAUGCACACGAUGCUCUUGAAAGGCUGAAAACAUUUGUUCACUUUAUUCACCAGGUGGCCUGGUCAUAUGGUAUUGGAAUAAGAAACUCGGAAUUUGCUGUAGAGUUCAACGUGGAGAAGGGUGUCAACUACAUUGCCUGGUCCAAGAUACCUUCAUUGAACUUUGUUUCAUUAUUAGAGGGGAGUGUUCUUGAUGAUGAUAGUCUUCCCCUUAAUUUUGAUCGUUAG